AUUAUUAAUUAUUUCUUCUAAAAUUAGAGUGACAAUCACACGUCAUUAAAACUCUACAUAAUGUGUGUACUAAGUAGUACUUAUGACACCUUGUAACUUUGAGAUUAAUUAUUAUUUCAACAUUGGCUAUGUUUGGAGGAGUGAAUCAAGAUUCUUUUGGAGCAAAUUGGGGUUUCCGCGAUUUUAAUCAAUAUGAUGAUAAUGUCGAAGGAGGAUUUUUAGAUGAGGACGUAUCCAAUUUCAUCACCGACGAUGUAUCAAGUAAAAAUAAAAGUGAAAAUGUUCAAAAAAAAACCUUCAUGCCCCUGAAAAUAAGUAUGAUACAUAAUGCGUGGAAAAGCGGGGGAAGCUUUUUAAAUGUCUUUGGAUAUCAGUUAGAGAUUAUAAAGAUAGUUGGACGUAUAAAAGAAACGAAGUCUACAGACCAAGAAACUACAUUUGUUGUUGAUGAUGGUAGUGGAAAAGUUGACUGUAUUUAUAUGCAUCCUGGAGACAUUAGCGAAUGGAGAAAGAGAUUUCUUAGUAAUCUGGAUAAGAACAAGCAAUUGGUCAAAAUAUACGGGGGAUUUAAUCCAAUUUAUAGUACACAAGUUCCCACAAUUAUCAUUUACUCAAUUAAAGAAUUGAGUUCACCUGACGAAUCAAAACUCCAUGACUUAGACGUAAUAAAUGCGAUAUUAUUGAGUGAUGGAAAACACAAUCCCGAUGCGCUUAACAUACUUAACGAGAUGGAUGCUGUUCUUAAACAGUUUGAUAUUGUACAGCCAUCCAGGGCUGAUAGUCCAAAUUCAAUUACUUCCGCAAAUAUUGUCGCGUCAGCUAUGGAAAUUAUAGAUGGAAAGGUUCCUGCAAAUGAGCUGGCGUUGACAAAAUACAUUUCAUCAAUGUUAGCAAAUGAAACUAGAAACCAUAAUCCUAAUGGUUUACAUAUUUCGGAAAUCCUGAAAAGAUGUAAACAACAGCAUAGUUUUCAAUGUAAGAUUAUACAUCUAAGCGCUCAACGUACAUAA